AUGCCGCGACUUGUGCGCCGAAGACCGCUCCGUGAACGGAUUACGGAUUGGUUUAACAUUCACGAUUGGGUGCUAUGGAUUUCAGAAGAAAUCGAGACGAGAGAUUGGGACUCUAAGGCAUAUGCUAACCCUCUAGCAUUUGGAUUGCACUUUAUGUUAUUAAUUGCAAGGGCGAAUAGUGGAAAUGGGGGAUCUGGGAAUGUAGACGAUGUCUUUGGAGAUGUGCCUUCAGGCACUGGCUGGUUGAGCUAUUUGGUAAGGCUCACCAUUAUGAAUACUGGUAUCUAG